AUGGUAUUUUCAGAAAGGGCCAGCCCGGCGAACAACGGGCAACAACGAAGACCGUCUCGAUCACCGCGCAGCCAGCGUAGCCGCAGUGCGGAUGUAGACUGUUUGAAGAAAUACACGGAACGUCGCGUGGAGGAUCGUCGGCACACGGAGAUUACCGACACCAGUAAACUGGACACGUCGAGAUGGAUGCCAUUGCCGAGAUACGUGCCGCGAGGUCAGCAAUCGCCGGGGGCCAUCAAGAGAUCGUCGAGGGACGAGCGGCAGGAGAGCAUCGACGAGACGGCAGCGACGACUACGUUAGCCGAGAAUCGAUUCUCCAGGAUCGAGCCCGAGAUCGUUGGUCGAUCUCAACCCGCCGUCAGAAGUUAUAGCACCGACGUGACCGCCACGAAGGGAGUGGAAAAAAGCAUCAUCGAGCAACGAAGGCACACGGAUUGCAGCGAUCCACGAACCAUCGCCACGAGGUGGAUACCACAAGUUAGCGGUGCAAAGUUUCGCCGAGAAUCGUCUCCUCUUGCAAAAGAUGGCUGUGAGAUUACACAGAGCGCGACUACCCGAUGGAUAACCUUUGCCAAAAGUCCAUCACCCAGUCCCAUACCAAGAAUAAAUCCUGAGAGAAGAGAUUCCAUAACGGAGCACAGCAAAGAGGAAGAAGAGCCGCGCAAGGAUGCGGAUACCUCUAAUAGUAAAUGGCAACCCUCUAGAAAGUUCUCGCCAGCGAAGAACGAGAAAGCGCAUUUACAAAGACAAGACGAAUUAGACAUUGGCAGAGAUCGCUCGUCGAGUUUUAUCGAUACUAACGAGCGAGCGAACAAACUCAGCCAACGUAUGCGAGAUUUAUACGAUUUCAAGACGGAGAACGAGUGGCCGAAGAGAGCGGGAAGUUCCCAGCAAGAGAACACUUGGAUCAGUAUAAGUAGCAGUGAGGAGGAGAGAGGAAAUUAUCGACCGAUUCGCAGAAACAGUCAAGAUUUGGAAUUUAAUGAUAGAAUCGACAUAUUCAAGACUAAGAUUCAACACGAGGAGGACAGACGAAGACCAAAGCGCAGUACCCAUGACGCCAGCGAAGUGUUUAUGAACGAGCAGGAGGAGGAGCGUCUACGAAGGUUCAACGACAGGCUGCGAUACAGCGAGGAUCAUGGCACGGAGCGGGUUCGUGGUCGCGAGCGACGCACAUACUCGGACGAUUACGACGAGAAAGCUCGGCGUGCGUCCCGGCAACCGGAAUCGCCGACGAUCAGACGGGAUCGACCAGAAGCACCGACGAUCAAGAGACCGUUAGCGAACGUGGAGAACAAGCGGAAUUCAGACGUGAGUGCGAGAUCACGCGACUCGCGAGUCAGCUACGUGGAGGUGGACUUCCCAAAGAGGGAUUCUCGUACCAGCGAUGCCAGUUACGCCAGCGUGAACCUCGGUAAGCGAGGCAGCGUCGAGUGCAAGAGCACGCGGAAGAUUUGUGAAAUGCCGCCGAGAAGAGCCUUCAGCCAGACCGACGAGCGACGACCGUCUACUCCGGUGCCGCCGAUCGAGUUUAACGACGAGCGAUACGUCCCCAAGAAACUGUCGUCGGAAUCUCCGAAGAGAGACAGUACCAGGUACAAAGUAUAUCUGACGUAGGAAACGCCUGCGAGAGCGGGUGUUUUGCGAGACAAACGCCGCUUUCGCAGAGUUUUAGAUUAAAUUUUAUCAACGAUCAAGUAUGGAAGUACAAGUACAUGACUCUCGAAGAUGAAAAAACAGCUGUAUGACGAGAAGGAUUUUCCAACAAGAUUCGUAAAUGUAAAUACGUGUGUAUUACAAAAAAUUCCUUGCGCGGCGAUAUUCCAAUGUCAAUACCCCUAUGUUGGGCGAUGUCCAUCAUUUUUUCUCGUAUGAGGGCGAGAAAAGAUUAAAAAGUUAGAAUAUUUACGAAGGUGAAUAUAAAUAUAAGCAAUUUUAUCUCGAAGGAUACAAUGGAGCCCGUUGUCUGUGGAUAACUGUUAAACGUUCAACUGUCGUUUACUGUGUUCACCGUAUAAUAAUACGAUAUGUAAACGGAUAUAUAUGUACGAAACUCGAUAUAUUCUGUUACGAAGCUCUACAAUAAUAUAGCACUUAUGACCGGAGACGCGGAAGCCUGAUAAAAAUGUAUUUGUUACAAAUUUACAACGGUUUACUACGUAACCAGAAGUUUCCUAUUCGUGUUUUUCAUGUCACUGUUAUAAGCGUAACUGCGAUAUAAUAAUUAAUACAAACGGUGUAACGCAAAAUACAUAAUAAAAUAUUCUUUGAGGAAC